AUGGGUAGGCCGAUUGUCCCUAAGCAGGCCUCAGUUGUCUCGGCCAGAGCAAUGGGCAGCGGCGCCAGCCGGCCCCUCCCCCCGGCAGCGCCGGGGAAUUCCGCUGCCCCGCCCCCGCCUGCCGCCGCCCGGUUCGGCCCGGCGCCCCCCGCCGCCCUGGGCACCGCGAGUCCAGCCGGGCCCGCGGUCCCAGCCCCUGCGCCGCUCGUACGAGCAGCGAUCGUUCGCUGGACUGUGCCGCCUGGCCGUCCGGACUCCCGGCCUGACUGCGUGCGUGCUCCAGUCCGGCCGGCCUCUGGGUCCUCAGUCCCCGCCAGCUGGGCCAUGCCGAGCCGCCGCACCGCCAGACUGCCCGCUGAGCCGGAGCUGGGACCUUUGGGGCCUACUGACCUUUCCUCGCUCUCGCUGGCAGUUUCCAGGACCACGGAUGAAUUGGGUGAGUAUCAAAAGGAGAUUAUCGACGAGUACAUCAAGGAGAACGGCUUUGGCCUGGAGGGGGCGCCAGCGGGCCUGGGAGAGGGGCUGCCGCGCCUGGUGUCGCGCGGGGCGGCCUCCCUGAGCACGGUGACCCUGGGCCCCGUGGCGCCCCGGCCCCCGGCCACGCCGGCGCCCUGGGCCUGCCCCCUGGGCCGGCUCGUGCCCCCUGCCCCGGGCCCAGGCCCGCGGCCGCACCUGGUCAUCACGGAGCAGCCCAAGCAGCGAGGCAUGCGCUUCCGGUACGAGUGCGAGGGCCGUUCGGCCGGCAGCAUCCUGGGCGAGAGCAGCACGGAGGCCAGCAAGACGCUGCCCGCCAUAGAGCUUCGGGACUGCGGAGGGCUGCGGGAGGUGGAGGUGACAGCGUGCCUGGUGUGGAAGGACUGGCCUCACCGGGUCCACCCCCACAGCCUUGUGGGGAAAGACUGCACUGAUGGCGUCUGCAGGGUGCGGCUCCGGCCUCACGUCAGCCCCCGGCACAGCUUUAACAACCUGGGCAUCCAGUGUGUGAGAAAGAAGGAGAUUGAGGCCGCCAUUGAGCGCAAGAUCCAACUGGGCAUCGACCCUUACAACGCUGGGUCCCUGAAGAACCAUCAGGAGGUGGACAUGAAUGUUGUGAGGAUCUGCUUCCAGGCCUUGUAUCGAGACCAGCAGGGACAGAUGUGCCGGAUGGACCCUGUGCUCUCCGAGCCCGUCUAUGACAAGAAGUCCACAAACACGUCAGAGCUGAGGAUCUGCCGGGUCAACAAGGAGAGCGGGCCGUGUACUGGUGGUGAAGAGCUCUACCUGUUGUGUGACAAGGUGCAGAAAGGUAAACGCAGGAUACAGUUCUUCCAUCAGGACAGCCUCUUCCCAGUCAUGCUCGCAGAGGACAUAUCGGUGGUGUUCAGCACGGCCUCCUGGGAAGGCCGGGCCGACUUCUCCCAGGCUGAUGUGCACCGCCAGAUUGCCAUCGUGUUCAAGACACCACCCUACGAGGACCUGGAGAUCACUGAGCCUGUGACCGUCAACGUCUUCCUGCAGCGGCUCACCGACGGGGUCUGCAGCGAGCCACUGCCUUUCACCUACCUGCCUCGGGACCACGACAGCUACGGCGUGGACAAGAAGCGGAAACGAGGGAUGCCUGAUGUCCUUGGGGAGCUGAACAGCUCUGACCCCCACGGCAUUGAAAGCAAACGGCGGAAGAAAAAGCCGGCCUUCCUGGACCACUUCUUGCCCAGCCACGGCUCAGGUGGGUCCCAGCUCUGUACCAGCCCCCUGGAGUGGGCUGAGGGCACCUUCCUCCCGCCCUCAGCCCUGCUGCCGGACACAGACUUCUUCCCCGGCUCAGUGUCCUUGCCCGGCCUGGAGCCCCCGGGCGGGCCCGACCUCCUGGAUGACAACUUUGCCUACGACCCCACGGCGCCCACGCUCUUCACCAUGCUGGACCUGCUGCCCCCGGCGCCGCCACUUGCCAGUGCUGUCCCUGGCAGCGGGAGCGCGGGGGCCGCGGUCGGGGAGCCCCCCGGCCCCGAGCCGCUGACGCUGGACUCAUACCAGGCCUCGGGCCCCGGGGAUGGGGUCACCGCCAGCCUUGUGGGCAGCAACAUGUUCCCCAACCAGUACCGCGAGGCGGCCUUCGGGGGCGGCCUCCUGUCCCCCGGACCCGAGGCCACGUAGCCUCCGGGGAGCCGGCGGAGCAGAAGCACUGGGUGGGGAGGGUGGUGGAGGGACUGGCGUUCAGCCCCACCCCGGGCUGCCCUGGGGCGGUCUGCAGACCUCCUCAUCCCAUCUGAAUUGGACAUCUUCAGCGCUUGGCAAGGAGCCCUGGUCCGGAGAUGGGGAUCUCCUUGAGCCCAUUCUACAAAUGAGAAAGCUGAGUCCGGAAAGGAAAAAGGACCUGCCCCCCCAUACCACUGGUUUGUUAAAGCUGCCUGGCCCCUCACACUUGGGGGCACCUUCUCCAGCCGGAUUGGGAGUAGGGGGCAGAUCCCUGGCUGUCCUUCCCCAGGCCUGAAGGUGCGGGGGCAGUUUGCUUGUUCAGAGUCUUCCCAAUAAAGAUGAGUUUUUGAGC